AGAGAGGUAUUGGAUACUAACAUAAAGACAUAUUCGGGAAAUUAUCAGCUUGCAAGCAAUAAUAUCAAUCUUCACCUAUUGUUGGUUCAUAUAAGGCCUAAUAACCCCCUCUCACUAAGAUUGGGGGAGAAAGAGAGGAGGAAUGGAGAGAGAGAAGAAGAGAGUGAGUACUACAAAGGAGCAAACGCCAUUAAUGAUCCAAUGAUUGAUAAGCGUAUAGGUAUAAUCCGCUCAAUUGAAAAGGGAGAGAGGAAGAUGCUUGGGAAAGAGGCUCAAGGGAUAGAGAGGGAAGGAGAUAGAGGGAUAGAGAGAAUACUUCCAUAUGGGAAGGAUGACUCAUCUUCUUGA